AUGGCACCUGACACAAAUUCAAGCCAUACCACUGACUCAGGUCCGGGAGGGGUCGGCGACGUCGAACUGGCGGAGCAUCCCAUAGCCCAAGACACAACCCCGCAUAGUGCUGUCUCCGGCAUCCAGCAAUUCACAGACCAUCAGUCUCGAGCGCUUCCUCACUCGCGCCUGAUGGUCGUCUUCCCUGUUCUGGCCUUGGCACAAUUCACGGCAUACCUAGAUCAGACUUCCAUCUCAAGUGCCGUUCCAGCCAUCGGUGACGCACUAGGGCUGGGAGCCUCUCUGCCAUGGGUUGCGACCGCCUAUCUGCUUGCCACAACGGCUGUACAGCUGGCCAACGGGCGGCUUAGCGAUAUAUUUGGCCGCAAGCGACUACUGAUCACAAGCCUAGUGGUUCUCGCGGUCGGAAAUCUGGUGGCUGGGUUUGCUACCAGUCCGGGUAUGCUGUUUGCGUUUCGAGCAGUCAGUGGCCUCGGUGGUGGGGCGAUCACUGCUCUGGUCAUGAUAAUUGCCAGCGAUAUUACGACAUUGCAACAGCGCGGCAAGUACAAUGGUUUUAUCGGCGCCGCUGUAGCUUGUGGCAGUGGAAUGGGGCCGUUGAUUGGAGGUGCCAUCACCUCACAUGUUUCAUGGAGAUGGACCCUCUGGUACGAUGUACCAUGGCUUCUUUUUCUCAUUAUGCUUCUAUACAUCGUGCUGCCUAGUGGCCCGAAGGGAGUCAACAUACAGUUGAAGAUGAAAAUGAUCGAUUGGGUUGGACUCUUCUUCAGCAUUGCAGCCAUUGUUCUCCUUAUGAUUCCUCUAUCUCGCGGUGGUUCUACAAUCUCCUGGAGUAGCGCUCAAUCAAUCGCCAUGCUCGUGGUGGGAGUAUUUGUGGUUCUUGUCUUCCUCGCUGUAGAGGGUAAAUUUGCAUCUCUGCCCAUUAUGCCACUACAUCUAUUCACUGCUGAUUUCUCUUGCAAUAUUUUGCUCAUACAAAACAUUUUGUACGGGUUCGUAUUUUGGGGGAACCUUUUCUACAUACCUAUUUACCUGCAAAAUGUUCGUGGAUACUCUCCUAUUCUGGCCGGAGCCAUAAUCAUGCCAAUGGUCGGCACCCAGGGUAUUGGAUCUAUCAUAUCUGGGCUUAUUAUUUCCCGCACGGGACACUACAACCAUGUUAUGAUCACCUCGCAGUUUCUAUGGAUGGCCGGACUGAUUGGUCAAGUAUUCUACACUGCCACGACCCCGAUAUGGGUAAUUUGCUUUGUAGGCUUUUUUCAAGGUUUGGGAACCGGUGGCUGCUUUCAGCCAAGUCUCGUUGCUAUUCUAGCGCACAGCAGACGAGCUGAUCGUGCUGUUCUAAACUCGCUACGAAAUUUCCUCAGAACACUGGGUGGCACAUUGGGAUUGACGGUCUCUGGAGCCAUUCUUGACAAUGUGCUGCAGUCGCGGCUGAAAGGUGUGGUCAGCGGUGGCAUCGCUACGCAGCUGGCUUCUUCCGCACAUUCACUCGGUAGUUUGGGCUUGACUGUGGAGCAGAGGGCGGCUGUGCUAGAUGCAUACAUGCAUGGUAUUCAUAUAAUACUCAUCUUGUAUGCGCCACUUAUUGGAAUAUGUGGUUUCGGUGCCCUGCUUGUUAGAGAUCAAGGUCUAGAAGAGAAAGACACUAGCACGACGCUGCAGGUGCGGUCCGAGAAGGCACACAAUGCAACAGGGGUUUCUUCCCCAUCUGCAACACUCCAUGUUGGUGAAGCAGCUGCAGGCUCAAAAUAG